UGGUUAGACAGGGAUAGUUAAUUGAUUCCAUUUAGAGGAUGCGAAUGAUCUUUUGGUUCGAGCCGGAUUUCUUCGCCAGGUUGUUUUCCUUAAUUUUGCAAAUGGUUAGGACCGGUGCUAACUCGGUAUUCUAGGCUUACUCCGGGGUCUUUCAUAUGCUUCCUCUCGGAUUGCGUGUGCAAGAGAAGCUGGAGGGCCUUAUUGAUAAACAUAUGCGUUCACUCGGCGCAUCAAAAGUUUCACUGUCUUCCUUGUCCUCUGAAGAACUUUGGGAACAGUCAGGUAGACUAAAGGAAGGCUCAGAAGUCUUCAGGUUCCAAGAUAGAAAAGAAUCUCGCUUUCUCCUUGCCCCUACUCACGAAGAGGAGAUCACAACGCUAGUAGGGAGUCUCGUGAAAUCCUACAAGGACCUGCCUCUGCGGGUCUAUCAGAUGACGAGGAAAUAUCGAGAUGAGCCAAGGCCACGACAAGGACUUCUCCGUGGACGGGAGUUCAUUAUGAAAGAUCUUUAUACUUUUGAUUAUAAUGUGCAAGACGCUCUGAAGACAUAUAGCUCAGUGAGAAAUGCCUACACACGACUUUUCAACGAACUGAAAAUUCCUUACUUGGUGGCAGCGGCAGAUUCGGGAAAUAUGGGCGGGAAUCUCAGUCAUGAAUUCCAUUUCCCGAGCUUAAAGGGAGAAGAUACAGUCGUCAGCUGUUCCAAUUGUGAUCAUGUGUACAAUGAGGAACUAGCAGAUGGCAAGUCACACAGUUCAGACUCGCAACAAGCUGCUAAGGAGGAGUCCGGGUUCGACACAGGCGAUGCCAACUCGGAGAAAACGCCGGCUAUUUCAAGGGGCCUAUGGAUGGCUAUUUCCAAAGAUAAGAAAACUUUAGUACGAGGGUGGUAUCCGAAAUACUUAAUGCAGGAUGGAUACGAAGAACCAGCCGAAAGGGAGGUAAACUCUCAUGCAGUCAAAUCCAUAACCACGGCAGCGGGCAUCGACAUUGACCUCAGCGUCGAGAAUCCCUUGGAACAGUGGGCAGAGCAACUGAAACUGAAAGACACUUCUGCUCAACGUCCGGCGGUGUUAGAUCUAUACGACUCCACCGUACGAGUGUACAAACGGCCACCGCUGAGUGAUUUACUGCAUGAACUCAAUUGUCCUACUGCUGAUGUUGAUUACUCGAUGCUCGACCGCUUCCCUGAUACAACUCACGGGUUGAAUCUGCUCAAGGUCCAUGAUGGUGACAAAUGCUCUAAAUGCGGCCAGGGCUCUGUGAAAACUCAUACCGCUGUUGAACUCGGACAUACUUUCCACCUCGGCACCCGAUACAGUGAAGUACUCCAAGCUACAGUUAUGGUCGACGGUGCAACAACAAAACCCAGUGGCUCAAAACCCAGCGAUCAGGCAGUGCCGAUGCAGAUGGGCUGUCAUGGUAUAGGCGUCUCACGUAUGAUAUCAGCCGUAGCCGAUAAACUUGCGGACUCACGAGGUCUCAACUGGCCAAGAGCCAUGGCUCCUUACGAAGUCAUUGUGGUCCCCGCAAAGGGGCUGGAGGUGGAAGCCGAAAAGGUGUACGAUAUUCUCGCAUCGAACCCGACUGCUCAGAUUGAUGCCAUCCUCGAUGAUCGCGACAAGCAAAUGGGGUGGAAGCUGGGUGACGCCGACCUCAUCGGGUACCCUAUUAUCGUCGUUGUCGGGAAAGGAUGGAGAAAGCAACAAACAUUGGAGGUCCAGUGUCGCCGCCUAGGAAACCUACGAGAGGAUGUGUCUCUGGAGAAACUGCCCUCCUUCGUCCUGUCAUUGCUGGAUCAGCUCUGAGCCUCUUGCAAUGGCUGUGUCGGGGUUUCUGGAUACUGAUGGCUAAGAAUCAAACCAUCUGUACAGUAUCUUAAAGAAAGUUGUAUAUUAGCUGUGUACUAUACCCAGAUCAAAAUCACUGUCAUGUCUUGAAUAAUAUAUUAACCAAUUUCGAUCUAGUUAUGGAUAUCGAUGAUGCUGUGGGGUUAUACACGGGACGUGUCAAUAACCACUAAUAUC